AUGACGCAGGCUGACAUGAUGACCUACAUCAUCGAGCGCCUCCACCUCCGCAUGAUCAAGAACCAUGAGUCAGCUGCACAAUCGCAUGCCAAACAUGUACUUACCUUGCUGCCAAAAAUGUUGGUUUUUAUGCAAUGCCAUUUCUUCAACAGUAGUAACAAGGUUUUUGACAUGUACACACUACCCUUGUUAAUCCUACAAGCUUAUAUUGUGGAGCUUGAAGCUACAUUAGACCACCUCAAGGAGGGCAAAGCUCGUCUGAAAGCUGAGGAGAAGAUGAUUUUGCUGACCAAGAAACAAAUGCUGGUGGAGAAGAUGAUGGAACAAAUCAAGGAGAAUGUGAACGCCAAGAAAGGUGACGCUCUGUCGUGGCACAACAGAAGCUACAUCUGGUGA